CAGGAUUCAUGUGACGUUCUUCUUGUAAUUUCAAUGUCUUCUCAACUUGUUCAAUAUGUUAUCGUGAGAGGGGACCUUUUAAGGCUGUUGUCAUGGCCAACAGGUGCUGUGAUAGCCCAAGCAUGUCAUGCAAGCACAGCUGUUCUUUGGACAUAUCGUAAUGACCCUCAUACAAUUGAGUAUACCAGUGAACUAGACCACAUGCACAAAGUUGUACUAGAGGUGAGGCAUGCCACGAAUGUUACGUUUUGUUAGAAUCAAAUGAUGGGUCAUACGGGUUAACCUCCAUUACAGUCAGGGCAGGUCAAGCGUAAUCCCCAAGAUUGCGUUAAUGAAAAUAUUAUUCGAUGGUUGAAUCUGCUGGUACUUGCAGAUUUCAGUUUCAUCUCUGCACUUCUGCAUAUGUAAUGAGGAGUUAAUCCACACACAAGGUAGCUGUGAAAACAAUUCUUAGUAAUGAGUAGUCUUUUGGCAUCAAUCACUACCUGAAAACCUGGAAGUGAUUUUGAUUGCCUGAUUGUUGAGACAUUUGCAUAGUUAUGGGUAAUAAUUUUUUUAUUAUGAGAAAUUUUGCGGGAUAACUGUCAUUUACAUACAGAUUGUAUGCUGUGACUUAAACAUUACCUUUGGAUUAAAAAACUGGGACUCAGUGGGUUUUUGAUUAAAGCAUUUUUUUGGUUUUGGCAGUGAUUUUGUUAGUAGUCACAGUACAGUAAUUAGAGUAGGCUGGUUAUGAAAGGUGACAANUUCAAUGUCUUCUCAACUUGUUCAAUAUGUUAUCGUGAGAGGGGACCUUUUAAGGCUGUUGUCAUGGCCAACAGGUGCUGUGAUAGCCCAAGCAUGUCAUGCAAGCACAGCUGUUCUUUGGACAUAUCGUAAUGACCCUCAUACAAUUGAGUAUACCAGUGAACUAGACCACAUGCACAAAGUUGUACUAGAGGUGAGGCAUGCCACGAAUGUUACGUUUUGUUAGAAUCAAAUGAUGGGUCAUACGGGUUAACCUCCAUUACAGUCAGGGCAGGUCAAGCGUAAUCCCCAAGAUUGCGUUAAUGAAAAUAUUAUUCGAUGGUUGAAUCUGCUGGUACUUGCAGAUUUCAGUUUCAUCUCUGCACUUCUGCAUAUGUAAUGAGGAGUUAAUCCACACACAAGGUAGCUGUGAAAACAAUUCUUAGUAAUGAGUAGUCUUUUGGCAUCAAUCACUACCUGAAAACCUGGAAGUGAUUUUGAUUGCCUGAUUGUUGAGACAUUUGCAUAGUUAUGGGUAAUAAUUUUUUUAUUAUGAGAAAUUUUGCGGGAUAACUGUCAUUUACAUACAGAUUGUAUGCUGUGACUUAAACAUUACCUUUGGAUUAAAAAACUGGGACUCAGUGGGUUUUUGAUUAAAGCAUUUUUUUGGUUUUGGCAGUGAUUUUGUUAGUAGUCACAGUACAGUAAUUAGAGUAGGCUGGUUAUGAAAGGUGACAAGCUUUAAAGAUAAAAACAGCGGUGCUGCAGAUCCAGUUGGGAGCUCCCCGAACAUGCACAAUCCUUUGUUUUUUGUUCACAAAUUGUGGUGGAAUAACUUAAUGAGAUGUUUUUGUAAAGGGUUUGAACCCAGGAGUCAUUUCAAAAGUAGGUUGAGUUUGAUCGUCUGGGUGAACGUAGUCCUGAAUAGGACAAUAAUAUUGUUGACAGUGACUGACGUUUCGACAACCUGUGCGGUAGUCAUCUUCAGAGUCAAAGAGAGUUGUAUCACGUCAGCUGAUGGUAUUAUACUCUGGUUAUUGAUCUGAUUGGUCAAAUACGCCACGAUGUUAUUGGUCAUCUGUCAGUUAAGCUGUGAUGUCAUUGGCUCUGAAGACUGGUAAUCAGUAAUUGGUGCGUUUCGAUCCGUGAUACAACUCACUUUGACUCUGAAGAUGACUACUGCACAGGUUGUCAAAACAUCAGUCACUGUCAACAACAGUCCUAUUCAGGACUACGUUCACCCCAACGAUCAAACUCAACCUACCUUUGAGAUGUUUUUAUUGGUCAAUGAGAUCAAAAUGAUAAAAAUGCUAUUGAACAUUGUGCUCCUUCAAAUCCACAAAGGCAUAUAACAAAUUAAUAAUGUGUUUGAUGGGCUUCAUAACCUUUCCACUCUCAUAACUAUGGUCACAGCAGUUUUUCAACUAGCGAAUCUUUGAACUUCCUUUCACUUCCAGAGUAAAGUGUAAUGAUUCUAUUAUCUUCAGUAAUGAGCUACCAUAAACUGCUCAGGGCUUAUACAUCUUUGUGAGGGGAUUUAGAAGGUCUUAUAAACAGAGGGGCUUAUAUCCCAGGGGGCUUGUAACCAGAAUAGAAAUGCAAAAAAACAUACUCUAUUAAACUCUUCUCAAAUUGAAAAUUAAAUACAAAUUUAGUAUAACUAUAGUUAAAAAAAGAAUUCUUGGUGGUCUGGUGGUUUUCAACAGAGCAAAUGUAAACAACUGUCUAUAAACUAAAAAGCACUUCAAAACAAACUAUAGCAUUGUUGAUCAAAAUAUGUGUUACAUUAACUGGUUUUUAAUAGAGAGGAGAAGUGUGACGUCACAUUACCAUGGUAGCACUAUUUCUGGAUGACAACAAAACCAACGGUGACAGCAAUGAGAACGGCAAAAAAUAUAUGUUUAUAUUAACAAACAACAACUUUGCACGUGAAUCACGCUAUUUUGUACAUUUCUUUGCCAUUGUUGCACCACUACGACACUGGAAACUUCCUAAUUUCACGAGCCCGCUUUAUGGAGUUAGUGAACAAAACACAAAAGUUGUCUCUGUCUUGUUUUAAACUUAGAUAACAAUAGACGCUGUCUCAAGGAAAAUUUUGUCAAUUUAAAUGAAAUUGAAUAAGAUCGCUGAAGUUUGAAAUAAUGCGAGUAGACUUUUAAAUAACUGUAUCGCUUUGUUGUCAUCCAAAAAUUUUGCUACCAUGGCAACGUGACGUAACGACUUCUCCUCUAUGGGCAUUAACCCUUAAAACGUCAAAAUAAAUCGAAUUCAUUUUAAUACAAGCUAGAGGGGUCCUUAUAUCUGAGAGGGCUAAUGAUCGGAUGCAUUUUUUGUUUACAAGUAUAUGGGCCUACGGCAGUUAACGGUAUUCCCCGUAUCAAUGCUUUAAUUCUUAUCUUCAAUAAUAAUGGUUUUCAUUCAGGCCUCAAAUCAAGAGGAGUUGGAAAAGCUGUCACAGGAUUUAACAGCCAGUAAAAUUGAUCACAAACUGUGGGUGGAACAACCAGAGAACUUUCCAACUUGCCUUGCCACCAAACCUUAUCCAAAACAACAGAUCCAGUCGUUCUUUAAGAAACUGAAAUUGUUUAAAUAA